GGCUGCACAGAGGAUUCGCCGACGUUCGGGAAUUCCGCCUCUCGUUCCUUUUUUAGCCCAGCACGGGGACUGCCAGACAGCCAGUAUCCGCCUCUCAUGCUUAAUUAAGCUACACAAAGGACUUAUCAACACUCGGAGCGACCGCCUAUUUUACCAAAUAAGGUCGGGCUACCCAUACACGGGGAACAAUCGAGCAAAGUGUACCCUUUCCCUUCCUUAUCCCGUUUAUAUGGUACUGUGACUUCCGCCGUUGCUGUAAGAGCAGUGCGAUCAUGGCGGAGCGCGUUCAGCAGCCCCCAGCUAAACGGCUCUGCUGCCGACCCGGCUAUAACCCGACGUGUAGACAGGGACAGCGGGCCGGAGGAACAGCAUGUGGUGGUCCGGGGACUGCCCAGGGGGGAUCGGGCAAAACCCAGAGCCCGGAGUCGCUACUGGACAUCGCGGCAAGGAAGGUAGCCGAGAAGUGGCCGUUUCAGAGGGUGGAGGAGCGUUUCGAAAGGAUCCCGGAGCCCGUCCAAAGGAGGAUCGUCUACUGGUCUUUCCCCAGGAGCGAACGGGAGAUCUGCAUGUAUUCUUCCUUCAACACAGGCGGAGAGGAGAGUGGGGCCGCCGCGGAAAACAGCGACGAGACGCGGCUGCCUUUCCGACGAGGCAUCGCUUUGCUGGAGAGCGGCUGCGUAGACAACGUACUGCAAGUCGGUUUUCACCUCAGCGGCACGGUGACGGAGGCCGCCACGCCGUCGGAGCCCGAGGUCGUCUGCAACGUGGCCAUCAGCUUCGACCGCUGCAAGAUCACGUCCGUCACCUGCGGCUGCGGCAACAAGGACAUCUUCUACUGCGCCCACGUGGUGGCGCUGUCCCUGUACCGCAUACGCAAGCCCGACCAGGUCAAGCUGCACCUGCCCAUCUCAGAGACGCUCUUUCAGAUGAACCGCGACCAGCUGCAGAAGUUUGUACAGUAUUUAAUCACCGUGCACCACACGGAGGUGCUGCCCACCGCCCAGAAGCUGGCCGACGAGAUCCUCUCCCAGAACUCCCAGAUCAAUCAAGUGCACGGGGCCCCGGACCCCACGGCGGGGGCCAGCAUAGACGACGAGAACUGCUGGCACCUGGACGAGGAGCAGGUCCAGGAGCAGGUGAAGCUCUUCCUGUCACAAGGCGGUUACCAUGGCUCCGGCAAGCAGCUCAACCUCCUAUUCGCCAAGGUGCGGGAGAUGCUGAAGAUGAGGGACUCAAACGGGGCGCGCAUGCUCACCCUCAUCACCGAGCAGUUCAUGGCCGACCCCCGCCUGUCGCUAUGGAGACAGCAGGGGACCACCAUGACCGACAAGUACAGGCAGCUGUGGGACGAGCUAGGGGCCCUGUGGAUGUGCAUAGUCUUAAACCCGCACUGCAAGCCGGAGCAGAAGCUGGCCUGGCUCAGACAGCUGAACAAGUGGAACAGCGUGGACGUGUGUCCCUGGGAGGACGGUAACCACGGAAACGAGCUGCCCAAUUUAACCAACGCCUUGCCUCAGGGCGCGCACGCUAACCAAGAUUUGGCCAACAGGCCCCACCGGACGGUCUUCACGCGAGCCAUCGAAGCGUGCGAUCUGCACUGGCAGGACAGCCACCUGCAGCACAUCAUCAGCAGCGACCUCUACACCAACUACUGUUACCAUGACAACACUGAAAACUCGCUCUUCGACUCCCGGGGACGGCCCCUGUGGCACGAGCACGUCCCCACGGCCUGCGCCCGGGUGGACGCCCUGCGUUCCCAUGGCUACCCCCGGGAGGCGCUGUGGCUCGCCAUCUCCAUCGUCAACACCCUGCGGCGGCAGCAGCAGAAGCAGCUGGAUCUCUUCCGCGCGCACAAGAAAGAGCUGCUUCUUAAAGGCGUGACCUCAAUCACGAACCUGGAGGGGUGGGUGGGGCACCCCCUGGACCCCAUCGGCACCCUGUUCAGCACCCUGACGGAGACGGGCCGGGGGGACGACGACGGCUCGCCGGGGUUACUGGACUUCUCAGAUGGGGGGGGUCCGGCCAAGUGCUCGGCCCCUCAGCCGUUCCUGGCGCAGCGGCUCCUGGAGGAGGGCGAGACGUGCCUGUCGCUGGCGGUGGAGAUGGCGCUGGUGGGGCUGGGGCAGCAGAGGAUCAUGCCCGACGGGCUGUACGCCCAGGAGAAGGUCUGCCGCAACGAGGAGCAGCUCAUCUCCAAGCUGCUGGAGGUGGACCUCAGCGACCACCUGGUCAAGAUAUUCCGCAAGCAAGCAGUCUUCCUGUUAGAAGGUGGUCCGUAUAGCGGUCUGGGCGAGCUCGUGUACAGAGAGAGCGUUCCCAUGCACACCUUCGCCAAGUAUCUCUUCACCUCCCUCCUACCUCACGAUGCUGAACUGGCGUAUAAAAUUGCACUGAGAGCCAUGCGGUUACCAGUGUUGGAAUCCACGGCUCCGACAGGCGACAUGUCCCGGCCUCACCACAUAGUGUCGGUGGUUCCCAACCGCUACCCGCGCUGGUUCACCCUCAGCCACAUCGAGUCGCAGCAGUGCGAGCUGGCCUCCACCAUGCUCACGGCAGCCAAAGGCGACGGUCGACGGCUCGAAACAGUAUUAGAGUCCAUCCAAAAAAACAUCCACUCCUCAUCCCACAUCUUCAAGCUGGCCCAGGACGCCUUCAAGAUCGCCACACUCAUGGACAGCCUGCCUGACAUCACUCUGCUCAAAGUCUCCCUGGAGCUGGGUCUUCAGGUUAUGAGAAUGACGCUCUCCACGCUGAACUGGCGGCGGCGGGAGAUGGUGAGGUGGUUGGUCACGUGUGCUACUGAAGUGGGGGUGUUCGCGCUGGACAGCAUCAUGCAGAGCUGGUUCACACUCUUCACGCCCACAGAGGCCACCAGCAUCGUGGCCACCACGGUGAUGUCCAACAGCACCAUCGUGCGGCUCCACCUGGACUGCCACCAGCAGGAGAACCUGGCGGGCAGCGCCCGGACGCUGGCGCUGCAGUGCGCCAUGAAGGACCCGCAGAACUGCGCCCUGUCGGCGCUCACGCUCUGCGAGAAGGACCACAUCGCCUUCGAGACGGCCUACCAGAUCGCGCUGGACGCCGCCGCCACCGGCAUGAGCUACACGCAGCUGUUCACCAUCGCCCGCUACAUGGAGCACCGCGGCUACCCCAUGCGCGCCUACAAGCUGGCCACGCUGGCCAUGACGCACCUCAACCUCAGCUACAACCAGGACACGCACCCCGCCAUCAACGACGUGCUCUGGGCCUGCGCCCUCAGCCACUCGCUGGGCAAGAACGAGCUGGCCGCCAUCAUCCCCCUGGUGGUCAAGAGCGUGAAGUGCGCCACCGUGCUGUCGGACAUCUUGCGGCGGUGCACGCUCACCACGCCGGGCCUGGUGGCCCUGCACGGGCGGAGGAACUCUGGGAAGCUGAUGUCGCUGGACAAGGCCCCGCUAAGACAGCUGCUGGACGCCACGAUCGGGGCGUACAUCAACACCACGCACUCGCGGCUGACCCACAUCAGCCCGCGGCACUACAGCGAGUUCAUCGAGUUCCUGGGCAAGGCCCGAGAGACCUUCCUCAUGGCCCACGACGGACACAUCCAGUUCAGACAGUUCAUCGACAACCUAAAACAGAUUUACAAAGGCAAGAAGAAACUGAUGAUGCUGGUCCGAGAAAGGUUCGGUUAACCAGUGUUUCUGCCCCCCCCCACCCCCCCUCUUUUUACUUGAGCCCCCGCCGGCCUUUGUGCCCCCUUUUUAAAUUAAAAUGAAAAAAGAAAAAAAACGGACGAGGAAAAAAAAAAACGACAAAAAAUAAAACGACAAAAAACACUAACAGAGCCACACCGGUAUUAUGUGUGCAGAACUAUUUAGUUCGCAAAAAAAAGAGAAAAUUGUCAUGUUGUGAAAGUUUGUGUGUUUUUCUUUUUAUUUGUAUGAGUGAGAGAGAAAGAGAGAGUGUGUGAAAGAGAGAGAGAGAGAGGCAAGAGAAAAACAAAAUGUUUUGGUUUACACUGAGUAUAUGUUGUCCAGUGGCGAAAGUCCACAUAGCUCUCCUGUUACUUCUGAAAGCAUUCACAGCCUCAAAAAAAUAUGGCUUUAAACCAAACAAAACACCUCCAUCCUAAGUGACAAGUACCUCGUAUGGAUCCAGCUUUACUCCUUUGUAAUCCAUUCUCACAUUUCAGUGUAGUUUCAAAAAGAAAAAAAAAACGCAAAAGGAUACAACCGAAAAAAAAAAUACAGAUUUUACUUUGAAAAAAAGGAAAAUAAAGAAACAAAAAAGAACCAGAGAUCUCCAACUCCAGGCUGAUCACAUGGCUUUGCAGUGCUGUUUGUCAACAACCACAACAACAAGAAACAACGGAAGCGUGUCACACUGCUCAUUUCGUGUGGAAACUUAGCGACUGUCAACAUACAUUCUCAGGGAUUUCUCAAGAAAAAAAAAAAAAGAAACGAAAAAGGAAGAAUGAGAGCAUUUAUUGUACUGUAUAUAUGAUAGUAUAUGUCUGAA